UUUAACAGUAUCGCUGAACCUUACAAAGAAGGUCUAUGGCAGUAUUACAAAAGUUAAGAUGUAGUGGUUAUAACGAUAUAAUUCACACUAUGCUAUCAGGACAUUCUGCAUCACUGGUCCUCUAAAAACUGUAUCAACUGUUGUAUUUAAUGUUGUGUGGGUUUAUUACAAGAGAUCAUUUAAACUGAGACAGGGGGUAUUAAUUAUAUCGCAGUUUUAAUUCUGAUUGAUCAAAUAUGGAUUAUAACUGUCUAUAUUCAUUCUGACUAUGAUAAAGAAUACAUCAAAGCCAAUAGCAGUUUUUUUACGCCACGGAAUACAUUCCUACGAACACCAAGAGAACCAGGAUUUGAAGUACAAUGUUUUGAUGUUCAAAGGACUUAUGCAUUUUACCAAGACUAGAUAAGUCAGAUACUUUUUAUUGUGUGAAAUGUUUAUGUCAAUAAUAUGUUAAACACAAAAGAUAAUAAAGACAAAAAGGCAUUUCAUAUGAAAAUAUAUGGAAUAUUGCGUUCAAAAGGUCAAAUAUUAGUAGGUAUUUGGUUAGUGCAUUUUUAACAGCAUUCAAUCCACGUGGUCAGAUUGAGUUUUACAUAACGGGAAACAAGGAAUCCAAACUUCUCAUUUAAUUGGUGAUAAGAUUGAAUUACUGUUUUAAAUCUUUACAGUUGAACCUUACGAGUUAUACAUCAGCUAGCCUUACACGCUCGGAAGGAAUUUUCAGGGCUUAGUUUGAAGAUGGAUUAUUAGGAAUACUAUACUGUUUAUACCAUGAUGUUUGACCUAGUAUUAUUUGCUAACAAUUAGUAAUGUUAAUCUAUUGAGUGUACGAAUAAAAACGUUUGAACUUCCGACAAUUAGGAACAAAAGGGGACAAAAAUAGUAAAUAUCGUAUAUAUUACAUUAUAUUGAUAUUUUUAUAUGGUAAAACCAUCUAAACAAUUUAAUUUCCUUUCAUAAUAAGUUGCCAUUGAUCUGUGUGAACUAAUAAAGACUGGUACUAUCUUAAUUACAAGUUAAGCUGCUGUUUUGAUUCGGACCAUUAAAAUGAGUAACCCGUCAAAGAACAUUUAAUCUUGCUUUCAUUUUCAACAACAUAGCAAGGAUCAUCGUUAGAAUCAAUGGUUUAUCUUAGAAUUAUUUGAUUUCAUUUUGAAUUUGACAUAAAUGGUGAACUAUUAAAGAAGAUGUCUCAAUAAAUGUCGACGUUUGUAUUCUUUAGAUGUGUCUUACUGUGCAUUUAAUAAUUCUACUUCCGGUACUUUGGACUUCUACGGAUAUAAAACAUCACAUUAUAUUGUCAAGCAUAAAGAACGUACUUAUUCUGAAAUAAAAGAAAUUAUAAUUUCUAAAGUUCAAAUCAAGGUUAUGAAAUUUCACAUUCUAAAGGAUGGAUAUUGUGAGUUUAAAAACCUUCAAGAUUAUGGCAUAACAUUUAAUUAUAUAUCUAUGUAUGAUUGCAUGUGAUUUAUAAGAAAUAUGCCGCGAAGUGAUAGAAUUACAUAAUUUACCGUUAAAACCCUUUUGAAUUGUUUUACUAUGGAGAGUUUAGAAAAGGUAACAGAUGAGAACUUUGUCCCUACUGAUAAGAAGAAAAAAGUAGGCAGUUACAUAUUGGGUCGCACAAUUGGAGAAGGAUCAUUUGCUAAAGUUCGUCAAGGAUUUCAUAUAAUAGCCAAAGAAAAGGUUGCAGUAAAAGUAGUUCCAAAGAAGGCAUUGCUGGCGAAGGAAUCCGUUCGUAGAAAUGUGCGUAGAGAAGCAAUCGUUCUACAAAAGAUACAACAUCCCAAUAUUGUACGGAUGUAUGAAGUCAUGGAAACAGAAAACGGUUAUUAUUUAGUGCUGGAAUCUGUAGAAGGUGGAGAAUUCAUCAAGUAUUUAUGUAUAAAAAAAUUUUUGCCUGAGUUUGAGUGUAGAAAGUUUGCUCGACAACUAGUGUCUGCUGUGGAUCACUUACAUCGAUCCAAUAUUGUUCACAGAGACUUGAAAUUAGAAAAUUUUUUACUUGACAAAGAUCUCAAUCUGAAGAUAAUUGAUUUUGGUCUGAGUAAUGUAUUCUAUGGUGACUCCUCCUUGAUUACACAGUGUGGUUCACCAGCGUAUGCGGCACCAGAGAUCUUCAGUAAUCAGAAGUAUGGACCAGCAGUGGACAUCUGGAGUGUUGGAGUUUGUCUAUAUGCUAUGCUGGUAGGAGCCUUGCCAUUUAUUCCUGAUUCACCAAACAAUUUAGCUCAGCUCCAUAGCUUGCUGUUGAAAGGCUGUGAGAUCCCAGACGGGUUAUCACAAGAAUGUGCCGAUAUUCUAACGCGAAUGCUCACAGCAGACGACCGGAAGCGGAUAAAAAUGGACGCACUCAUGCAACAUCCUUGGUUAUUGGACAGUCACGAUCUUCCAGUGCAAAAAUAUCCAACUGUUUCACAACUAGGACCAUUGGUACCUCAGAGUGCUGUCAUGAAUUACAUGACAAAAAUGUUCAAUUUUCACGAAAGUGAUAUUAUUUUUUCGCUUCAUGAAAGGAAAGUGAAUUCUGUUGCCGCAACCUAUCAUCUCAUUCACAAACGCUUUGAAGCAGGACUCCAUUUAAUUGGACUAGGAAUGGAUCCUUCUUUUCCCCCAAGGAAAAGUCAUACGUUUACGUCGUUUCCGUUAUCAUUUCCAGGGCAAGAAACAUCGAUUCCUAGAUCUAAUGGAUACGUUAAAGAAACUGUUGACAAAGGAUUGUCGAAUCAGGGUUUUCAACCCUCAUCGUAUAAAAACUACCUUCAGUUUUUAAAAGAUGCAAAAACUAAACCAUUGAUACUUUCAAAACAAGGAGAAAAUGUUAUUUUAAGAAGGAAAGGGCCAAGAAUGGCUGUAUCACAACAAUAUAAAACAAAUUCAAACAAAAGCUCGGAUCAAAAACAUCCAGCUAAAGAUUUUAUGUUAUCUUGCCAACCGAAACAAGCGGUAUACGAAUGGUCAGCAGACGGGGUUGUAAGCUAUGACACACCCGAAGUACCCAAAAAUAUUCCUAUUAUUAAGAAAAACAUUUAUGAACGAUUUCAACAUGUAAAUGGACAGUCGGCGAGUACAUAUAUUGAAACACCUCCACCACCUCCAAACACAUCACUUGGCGGAAGAGCUAAAACAGAAAUAGAUAUAAACAAUGUAGUGCAAGAAAGGGACAUGGUUGUUGUCCCUAAAACUUCGCCUGCUGGUCCUCGUCCAGGAUCUGUGAAAACUCCGUAUAGAUACUCAUUACGUACACUAACAGAACCACAGCUACACGAGGAGUCAGAACAAGCAUCAAGUUUCCUGACUGAUCCAUACCCAGAGGAGUUGUGGGGAAUGACGGGGAAAAGUCGUCAGAGAUUAGUACGCGGCGCAGCACUGACAUUAUCUAGAAGCAAAACAAUCUACGCAAAUUCAAUUUCAUCACAGAAAAUGCUCACUCCUAGAGAUGCAAUGCCGACGUUAGAUGAUAUAAAAUAUGCAAAAAUUGUUGGCAGAGGGAGAGUUUUGCUUGACAAAUCGACUACGAAAAUGUUGAGUAGUGGUAUUUCAGAUUACACAAAACCUAAAACUGCAGGACUGGUUCGACAGAGACUUCCGGAAGUGCCAUCGUCUGCGUUAUCACGUGCUAAAUCAGAUCUCGGGAUCUAUGAACAUAAUAGCAACUCUAAAGGAUCACCGGAACCGUCUGAAUCUGUUCAUUACAGGAAAUCUCCUUCACCAGUAGAACUAAUUAUUGCAGAAGAUGAAGCACCAAUGAUGCGCAUACGAAUAACAACGUGCUCAAAGUCAUAAUUGCAAAUACAUUGUAUUUUUGGUUGUUAUAUUCACGCAUAAUUUUUUUAUGAACUGUUUUUUUUUAUCUGUUAAUAUUUUUACGUCCAUCAUCGAAGGACGUCUUAUCAAUGUCCAUUGUGUAUCGUUGUUCGCCUGUCCGACUACAUACAGUAAUUAUACAAUUUAGAAUUUAUAAUGGAUCUUUAUUAGAUUUUUAAACAAUGGUUUGUUCCUUAAAGACAAGCUCUCUUUCGAUUUUGAGGAUAUUCAGAAUUUCGUUCAAGAGUUCUGUGACUUGAAUCGUUAAAAAUGAAAAAUAUUUGAUAGAUUUAUUUUUCUCCAAAAUUGUUAUAUAGACUGAGUGAUCGGUUCUAAGCUGCACUUAUGGUGACAUGCUUUGUUUUCAAUUUGACGAUUUUUAAAAUAAAUGUUUACAUAUCUAUACUUCAAGUGUUAUGGGACUCGCAAGCGUAUCAUGCGAUCUUGGAGCAGCAGUUAAUUGGUCUUUAUCUAUGUGGUACUUCAAUAAUGAAGCAUAUUUAAAAAAAAAAUAGUCGUGCAUUUUCAUGAUUUAAGGUUAUAACUAGAACAUGGUUUUCUAUUUUAAUGUAAUUUAUUUCUACACGUUCCUUUUGCUCUGUUGUAAUGAUCAAAGUGGCACUUAUAUUUAAUGAUAUUUCAUUGUAAUAACAUGUCGUUAACUGAUUUCAUAACAGUGGUUAUCUUUGAUGAAAUUCGCAGCUAAACGUUACACAAAAUGAUCUAGCUAGAAGUGAUCUUUUUUAGUUGAAAGACACCUCCUUCAUGACAUAUUAUUCCCUAAAAUAUAAAUCAACACAUUGCAUGGUAGAAGUUUUCAUACGAUGACUUGUCGCUUUGUACGGAAUUAAAGCAAAGUAAUUCCUCUGAGAUUAUAGGUCAUAUGAAAAUGCAAAAUAGUUGUAUUAAAACCCAUUACUAUUAUAGCAUAAACAAAAACAUCUAUAGAGAGGUCAUCCUACAGAUUUCGACAAUAGACAUGUGUCAUGUGCAGACAAUAGACAUGUUUCAUGUGCAGACAACAGACAUGUUUCAUGUGCAGACAAUAGACAUGUUGUUUCGUGUGCAGACAAUAGACAUGUUUCAUGUGCAGACAAUAGACAUGUUGUUUCAUGUGCAGACAACAGACAUGUUUCAUGUGCAGACAAUAGACAUGUGUCAUGUGCAGCCAAUAGACAUGUGUCAUGUGCAGACAAUAGACAUGUGUCAUGUGCAGACAAUAGACAUGUUUCAUGUGCAGACAAUAGACAUGUUUCAUGUGCAGACAAUAGACAUGUUGUUUCAUGUGCAGACAAUAGACAUGUUUCAUGUGCAAACAAUAGACAUGUGUCAUGUGCAGACAAUAGACAUGUUUCAUGUGCAGACAAUAGACAUGUUUCAUGUGCAGACAAUAAACAUGUGUCAUGUGCAGACAAUAGACAUGUGUCAUGUGCAGACAAUAGACAUGUGUCAUGUGCAGACAAUAGACAUGUUUUUCAUGUGCAGACAAUAGACAUGUUUCAUGUGCAGACAAUAGACAUGUUUCAUGUGCAGACAAUAGACAUGUGUCAUGUGCAGACAAUAGACAUGUUUUUCAUGUGCAGACAAUAGACAUGUUUCAUGUGCAGACAAUAGACAUGUUUCAUGAGCAGACAAUAGACAUGAUUCAUGUGCAGACAAUAGACAUGUUUCAUGUGCAGACAAUAGACAUGAUACAUGUGCAGACAAUAGACAUGAUUCAUGUGCAGACAAUAGACAUGUUUCAUGUGCAGACAAUAGACAUGUUUCAUGAGCAGACAAUAGACAUGUUUCAUGUGCAGACAAUAGACAUGUUUUUCAUGUGCAGACAAUAGACAUGUUUCAUGUGCAAACAAUAGACAUGUGUCAUGUGCAGACAAUAGACAUGUUUCAUGUGCAGACAAUAGACAUGAUUCAUGUGCAGACAAUAAACAUGUGUCAUGUGCAGACAAUAGACAUGUGUCAUGUGCAGACAAUAGACAUGUGUCAUGUGCAGACAAUAGACAUGUUUUUCAUGUGCAGACAAUAGACAUGUUUCAUGUGCAGACAAUAGACAUGUUUCAUGUGCAGACAAUAGACAUGUUUUUCAUGUGCAGACAAUAGACAUGUUUCAUGUGCAGACAAUAGACAUGUUUCAUGUGCAGACAAUAGACAUGAUUCAUGUGCAGACAAUAGACAUGAUUCAUGUGCAGACAAUAGACAUGUUUUUCAUGUGCAGACAAUAGACAUGUUUCAUGUGCAGACAAUAGACAUGUUUCAUGUGCAGACAAUAGACAUGUUUCAUGUGCAGACAAUAGACAUGUUUCAUGUGCAGACAAUAGACAUGUGUCAUGUGCAGUACUUAUUCGACACGAGUUUAGAAAAGAAGUGAAUAAAUUUGACAGCCGAGAUUUUCAAAAUCCGCCAGAAAUAUCAAAUGCCUGAAAGCAAGAAAGAUAUAAAAACUAAGAUAUGACAAAUGACAACCACCAACGAGGUUCCUGAAAAGGGAGAGACACAAUAGUUCACGGCAGGGUACUAAACUCGCUAACUUGUAUUUAUACUUCCUCGGCUUUAAAAGUUUUGGGUAUGAGGAUUCCUGAUGAAUGUAUAUCAAGAAAAUUACUUCGGACGCCCGUAAAUUAUAAAGUGGUAUUUUCAUAUAUUAUCUUUAUAGCAUUAGUCUCAGAAGAAUUUGCAGCAUAUUGCUCUGACAGGUUUUCUUUUUACACAAAGGUAUAAGAAUAUAUUUGUGUUUACAUUACAUAUGUUUUAUAGACCACACUGGACCUCAUAAAGAGUAACGAAUCUUAAUUGAUUCAUUGUUGGUACAACUUACAGAUAUUAAAAGGUCUAUAAUAACCUAAUAACUAAACAAGCUCAAUACAAUAAUUGCCUUAUAAUAGUGCGACGUCUUCUUUGUAUUUGUCCGCUUUAAAUUGUUUUUUUGAUGUUUGUUUACAGACCAUAUUUCUGUUUUUUUUAUAAUAUAUCAUAGACCUUGAAAAAACAAGUUUUUGGUGCACAUGUAUGCAAAUGAAAUUGAAUCAUGUGUGACAGUGUGACAUAUGAAUAUCGCAUUGUCAAUAAAUAUUAUAUAUUUUUUUGUAAAUAAUCUUAAACAUUAAAUAUUUCAAAUGUC